AUGCAGUACUUCACCAUCCUCGCUCUCGCUACCGCUGUCUUCGCCGCUCCUCUCGAGGAGCGCCAGGCCGGCCUCUGCUCAUCGGGCUCUCCUCUCUGCUGUGCGACCGACAUCCUCAACCUCGCCAUCCUCGAUUGCCGGACUCCUCCCACCACCCCCACCGGCAUCAACAACUUCAUCGACAUCUGCUCCGCUGAGGGCCAGCAGGCUAAGUGCUGCUUGCUUCCUAUCCUCGAGCAGGCACUGAUCUGCACUGAUGUUCAGCCUCAAGCUGCUGCUCCUGCUGCCUCUGCUGCUUAA